AUGAGACUAUUAGCCACUUUUCUUUUUCUUGCUGCUGCAAUCUACCUUCACCAGCUCGGAGGUGUUCACAGCAUUAAAAUCACUUACAAUAACGGAGCCAAUCCCAACAUUGAAGCCUAUGUAAACCUUAUACAAGACCUCCGAAGGGCAGUAGCAAGGGGAACCGACUCCCAUGGCAUUGCGGUGACACGCGACCCCAAUCUCCCUCUUCAAGACCCUUUCGUCCAGGUCCAACUUGAGAGUGGCGGUGACGAGGUUAUCACUGUAAUAAUCUACACAGUGAAUGUCUACGUGGUGGGUUAUUAUUUUGGCCCUGUUGUUCAGCCAAUUUUAUACUAUUUAGAUGAUAUUCCAAGAGAAGCGUUGUUUCGGGCUUUCCCCAGCCCGAACUAUACUCAUCGUGCGCUAGGUUUCGCUGGCAACUAUGGCUCUCUUCCGAGUAGAGAGGGUCAGGAACUUGGACACAGUGCCCUAAAUGUCGCCAUCAGUAAUUUAUUUCACGGAAAUUCUCGACCAAAUUCUCGACCCGGCGCGCUGUUGGUGAUCAUUCAAAUGUUGUCAGAAGCAGCAAGGAUAAGGUACGUUGAACACCUUGUCCGACGAAACAUGCUGGGGGAUAAUCUAAACUUCAUACCAGACCCUAGGGCCAUAAGCAUGGAGAACGCAUGGUCUCGUCUAUCCGAGCAGGUCCAAUUGUCAAGUGAGUCUGGUGUCUUUGAUAGGACCAUUGAAGUUCGAAAUGUGUUAAACCAAGUUGUCCGAGUAAGCAGUGUAGUAGUUCUCAUGCGUGAAGCGGCGCUGGCUCUAUUGUUGUACCGCGGAUGCAACCCCAGAGCAUUGAUAAGAAUGCCAGUUUCAGUUCCAGAAGCAGUUGCAGUUGGGAGGGCUGACGAGGACUGUCCGAAUGAAGAGCCGACCACAAAUAUCAUCGGAAGGGAUGGGCAAUGCGUAGACGUGAGAGAUGGCCACUACAAUAAUGGGAAUUCCAUUAUUUUGUGGCCAUGCGGAAAUGCUCAACUUAACCAGCUCUGGACAUUCAAAUCUGAUGGCACCAUCCGGUCCAAUGGAAAAUGCUUGACAACCUAUGGUUAUUCCCCUGGAGUCUAUAUAUACGAUUGUGAUGCAGCUGUGACUGAAGCCACCAAGUGGGUUCUUUAUAAUGCUGGUACCAUCAUGAAUCCUAGAUCGGGCCUUGUCAUAGCUGCUGAGAGCUCCACACAGGGAACCGUGCUGACGGUAGCUGAGGAUAACAAUUCUUCUAGGCAAGCUUGGACUGCUGGAAACUAUACUCAACCCACCAUAACUUAUAUCAGUGGGUUUCGUGAAAUGUGCUUGCAAGCCAACGGUGCCAAUAACCGUGUUUGGCUAGCAAAUUGCGUUAUUCGCACAGAGCCCAAUCAGCAGUGGGCGCUCUAUGGCGAUAGCACUAUUCGACUCUACAGUGAUCCCACUCUCUGUGUGACAUCAGAUGGCCAUGAAAGCUUGGAUAGCAUUAUCCUCCUUAAAUGCCAAGGCUGGGGAAAUCAGCGGUGGACUUUCAUGGCUGACGGCACCAUCUUAAACCCUAAUGCUCGGCUAGUUAUGGAUGUCGAGAAUAGUGAUCCGUCUCUUAAAAAUAUCAUUCUGUAUCAGCCUAAGCCUACUGGGAAUGCUAACCAAUUCUGGUUGACAUUCUAA